AUGGACUCGCACUAUCGCAGUCCCCCCUCCUCCUCCUCUGCUCACCGGCCCUCCAUCUCGGCUGGCGCGUUCAACAUCCCCACCCACGACAUUGCCCCUCCUCCCACUGGCGUUGCUCCUACCGCCUCGCUCCCACCUACUCCCCCUCCUGCCAUGCCUUACCCAGCAAACUCGUCUUACAUUUCUCCCCCCUCCUCCGCCCCCCUCCACGCGACCAAUCCGUUUGGGUUUGACACCCUCACCCAGUCCACUUCGUACAUGCCCAUGCCCCCCCAGCCCGUGCGCCGUCAGUCGCACCCAGUCGCUUUCACGCAGCAGGGCUCCGGCAACGAGUAUGCUGGCGGCUUUUACGCUCCAGCCAUCUCCUCGUCGCAUGACAGACCACAUCCCCCCUCGUCCCCUCCCCCCGCGAUGACGGCCGAGUCUACUGUUUCUCCCGCGACUCUGGUGUCCCCUGCCACUUCUGGAGUUCCCUCGCCUCUUAGCUCCGGCCACCCCAUCGUCGAGACUUGGACAUCUCCUCUCCACGACAAAUCCAUCUACCAGGGCGGAGCUGUUAUCCCUCCUCUCUUCGUCCCCUCCUUGGGCCCUUGCGGCGAAUCCGCCGACUCGGACGACCUUCCAGACCUCCUCCGCCAGGACCCCCGCGCCGACGACACGCCUCGUCGUCCCAUGAACGCAUUCUUUGUCUUUAUGAAGAUGCGCCGCGCCCAGUUCGCGAACGCCAACCCUUCCAUGUCUACGGGCGACUUGUCCAAGCUCCUCGGGCUCGAGUGGAAGUCUUUGUCCGACAUUCAGCAGAGGCCUUGGAAGAUUCUGCACGAGCGCCUGAUUAGGGCGUUCAAGAGGCGUAACCCCGAUUACCAGUAUGAGCGUGGAGGCUCUCGUCGUAAGAAGUCGACCCAGAACUCGCCCGACUUUGUGCCCCCGCCGCCGCCGGCCUUGUACUCGCAAGGCCCCGGGCCUCAUUACGCGCCUCCUCUCCAGACGCCCCGUUACGCGCCGUACACGCGCCCCAAGCCCCCCCAUCAGACUCCUUAUACUCCCCCCUUCCACACGGGGUGGUCGACUUCGUUUGCCCCUCCCAUCCACCCCCCCGACGAUCGCCGCGGCUACCCCAUGUACCCUCCCGACGUUUCCUCUGCAUUCGUGGGCAACCAAAUGUACCCCCCUCCCGUCCCGCCCCAGGACCAGCCGGGCACCCAGUACGCGGUGUGGCCCCAGGCUCUCGCGCAGCAGCCGCAGGAGCCUCUGCCCCCCGCGCCAGCCGUGUACCACCCCGAGGAGUGGAACCAGUACCUCCACACUCACCAGUGA